AUGCAGCGAGUCAUUCACAAGAUCAUCAGCUUCUUCAAGGGGAUCGACCUCAACGAGCUGCCCUCUUUGAUCUAUCAGCUUAUCCUGCUGGCUACCAAAGGCGCUACUGACGUCAAGGCGAGUCUGUUGCGCGGUAUCGCCAACCAUCUGGAAAGCGAAGGCAGGAAGUAUGACGAAGAGAGCCCGGACAAACGCACAGCAGCAUCGGGCGAUGAGCAGUUGCUUCGGCACAUCGAGGGCACCGUCCUCCUGCACCUUCAGUUUGCGAUCAAGCAAGACCAGGAACUGGGUCGCGCAUUCUUGAAAGUGUUCAAGAGCGAGAAUUUUCCUUUGACCUCGUUCACCGUGGCUCUGCUCUUGUCGGUUGCCCGCAUUCAACGAUUCGCCGAUCAGGCCCUCGACACCAUCAAGACGGCCAUUCAGUUACGGACUGACAGUCUUUAUCUCGGAUAUAAGACCUACUACAAGGAACAGCAAAAGAAAUCCAAGUCGCACUGGAUGGAGAAGAUGCGACAGCACAUGCCACCCACCAUCAACUUGGACGCUGCGAUUCUGGCGACCAUCAAGCAUUCGGCGUAUGGCUGGGACCACAUCACCCCGUCGCUCGUGCAGCUGGGGGUCAUGCUGAUGGAUUCGGUGUCGGCCUCGUCGCCAGCUUCUUCUGUCGCCUCUGCCUCCGCUGCGUCCACCGCUUCGGCGGCCGGCACCACGUCAACCCCCACCGCGUCGUCAUCCAUCAUUUCCGUUUCGACGCCCAACAAGAUGCUUCUUCGGCUCGGCGUACGAAUCCUUCUGGAGAUCUUCAAGGUCCACGAGAGCGUAAGGAAUGAGAUUCUCGAACAGAUUCUGUCUCGUGUGAUGAUCAGCGGCGAGAACAGCAAUGUGUUGCAGUACAUCAUAUUGCUGUCUUCCAUCUCUCGCGAAUGUCAAGAUCUGCUGCUCGGCAGCGGUGGAGAGUACCUCCCGCGCAUCAAGGAGGUCUUCGACUAUUUGUCCUACGUGCCGCCCACCGUCACCCGAGCCCUGCUCGCCGCCGUCGAGCCCAUCAUGGCAAUCAAUCCGUCCUUCCAAGACCACAUCAUCCUCGUUUUGCGCAAGGCCAUGUUCUCGCGGGAGCUGGAGUCUCGGCUCACGGCUGUGACCGGCUUCGAGCACCUGCUGAAGAGCUGUGCACGCAAGAAAAACAAACACGAAGCCCAGAAAGCCGAACUGUUCUCUCUGGAGAUGAUCGGUUUCCUACGCCGGUGCCUGAGCCAGCAGUGGGAAAUCCGAGCUCGCCUCUACGACGCGUUGACGGAAGUAUUCAAGUCAAGCCACUCGCUCGCGGUAAAGGAGGCCAUACUGGAACUGCUCUUGCAGCACUUCAUGCACUUCCUCGAGACCGAUCCCUCGGUAUCGGCGCCCAUCAAGCUGGACAAGUGCGUCGAGGUCUCGCAAACCUCAGCUGCCACCGUGAAACGGCUGGAGCCCCUGGGCAACCUGAUCAACGCCAUCCAGCGGUGUGUCAUGGACUACAAAUUGGCGAUGGUGAAACGCCAGUCCAGCCCUGAUCAUACGCCGAGCGACCCACUCCCGGUCUUCGAGGAACUGCAAGCGUCACUGGACUCCCUGGUCGAGAAACUGCUCAAGACCGAGUUGGAAGACUUCAGCCUCGACAAGUCGGCCGACUACUCCGACACGUCCUGCGAGGGCAGAUUCCACCAGGAAGCGGCUUUGGUCCUUCUCUCGACGUUCGAGGUGCUUAUCGACUACUCCGUGAUGCGAGAAAUGCCUGAACCGCCUUCAGCCGACUCGCUAAAAGUGGCCAUCGACCUGUUCACCCACUACGAGACGCUCCAGAUGGUGGUCAAGGACGCCACUGCGAAGAAGGCCAAGGGCGGUGCAAAGGGCGGAGCGAAGGACAAGGCCAAAGACACCAUCGUCGCCAGCGGCAGCAGCGGCAGCCAGAAGGGCAAAGGCAAGGGGAAGGAGAAGGACCUCGACGAAGUCGGCGAUGAGGCAGAAGCGAAGCCCAAGAAGGCCGCCCGGGGACGUGGCCGCCCAGGCGCAGGAGCCCCCAAGCGGCACAAGCUCGUCGAGGGCGCCUUCCUUGAGCUGAACUGUGUGCUGGGCUUGAUCAAGCUUCUGGUCGAAGAAGUGGAGGACUCGUCCCAAAGCGGCGACGCCAACGCCGUGCAACGGCUCAUUCGCGCCAACCAAGCGUUCCAGUCCUACUUCUUCACUGCCGCCCACAACAUGCUCAACUCGUGGAAUGAGGAGGUGCAAGAGGGCGUGGGCUUGGAGUUGGGAGAUGGACGCAGUAGUUUGCUUCGGUCGCGGGCCAAGUUCUGCUCUGAGGCGAGUUCGUACAUACUUCAGGAGUUCGUGUCUGCGCACCUCUCCGCCGACAGCAAGAACAAGAAGAUCGCGCAAGUCCAGCUGGAGUGUCUCGAACAGAGCCUACGCUUCCUCGUGACCCAGUGGGGACCCAGGAAGGUGGCCUUGCUCUUGAAGGAGUCGCUUCUGCCCCACCUGGCCAACUAUCAGGACGUGGAGGCCGAGGUGCCGGAGGCGGAGGAGGACCAACCUCCGCUCGAGGCCGAGGCCAUCAUUCACAACACCCUCGUUCGCUUCGAGGCCAUCAUGCUGCAGCUCGCCAAGUCGAAGCGGUACAAGGAGGCCGAGGUGUUCAAGGACAUCAUCGAACUGCUCUUCGAGUUCCUGCGAUCGCCCGGGUCGGUCAAGGAGCUUGUGCCGGUGCAUGCCAAGCUGAUGAACAUCGCCUGCGGCGAAACCGCAAUCGAAAACGCGGCCGCCGCCAAGUGGAUGGUCUCCCUCUUCCUCAAGAUCGCACGGUCCCUGCCCAAGAUGAACAUCUUGAAUGCGUUGGCGGUCGACGUGCAUGUGCUGGGCCAUGUCACAGAAGAGGAUCCGUCUAAUCAGGCUCGCCGCUACCCGCUCAUCAACAAGGCCACGGUUUCGCAGAUCCUGCCGCUCAUCACCAGCACCAUCGACAGCUCGCUGGACGAGGUCGAGCAAGUGCUGGUCAUCUCCAAGAGCAUGUAUCUCGAAGACAAGGAGCAGGAUCAGCAGUACGACGAGAGCGAGGAUGAGGGCGAAGACAAGACCGCAGGGCUGACCGCGCGAGCCAGGCUGCUGAUGAGCGAGUGCUGCAAACAACUUCACUUGCUGCUGAAGGUGCUCUCGUCCAUCGUGACGUCGGCCAUUCCGCUCCUGUGCGCUGAGGGACUGGUCAAGGCGCUCGUCCACCUCUACAAGAUCCUGUCGCAGCUCUCCAAGACGGCCAUGCAAUUGCAGCUGCGUCCGUCAGAGACGUUCCAGGAGCUGGUCAAGCACAGCGGCAGGGACUUCACGCCCACCAUCUACGAACUCCUCGCCUACAUCGAGAAGCCCCAGGACAUGGAAGAUGAGCAUGUCGACAAGGCGGAGAGGCUGACCAAGGCCAAGCUCAAGCGACUCGCCACCCUCCUGCCCAACCUCAUCUUCCUGAUCGAGCAAUUUGAAAGCGUGUUGAUUCGCUACGGCAAGAAGUUCAAGGUCAACCUCGUGGAGGGGUUCCGUCGCAGCACUACGCGGGACUUCCGCAUUGCGAGCAGCAACCUGAAGAAGCAGGACGACAUGCCCCCACCCCCGCCAAAGAAGAAGACGAAGACGACGCAACCAAACGCCGCGGCGGCGACAAGCGCGCCGACAACCAAGGCUCCGGCUCGCGCUGCAGGGCUCAAGCGAAAGGGUCCCGCAAGUGAUGACGCCCAGGCAGCGACCGCCAAGUCCACCGCCACCUCCUCCAAAAAGAAGAAGAGUGACUAG